UGGUCUGGGCUGCGCCGGGGCCGCCCCUGCGCUGCGAGCGGCCGCGUAAACAUGGAGCUCUCGGCCGUCGGGGAGCGCGUCUUCGCGGCCGAGGCCCUGCUCAAGCGCCGCAUCCGCAAAGGCCGCAUGGAAUAUCUGGUCAAAUGGAAGGGCUGGUCGCAGAAGUACAGCACUUGGGAACCUGAGGAGAACAUCCUGGAUGCCCGGCUGCUCGCAGCCUUCGAGGAGAGCUUUGGUUCUUUUAACACCUCUAGGGAGCGAGAAAUGGAGCUUUACGGGCCCAAAAAGCGAGGCCCCAAGCCCAAAACCUUCCUGCUAAAGGCCCAGGCGAAAGCCAAAGCCAAAACCUAUGAAUUCCGCAGUGACUCUUCCAGGGGGAUCCGGGUGCCGUAUCCCGGCAGGUCCCCCCAGGAGCUGGGCUCCACGUCCCGGGCUAGGGAAGGACUGAGAAACAUAGCCCUGGCCCCCCAGGGCAGCUCCAGCACCAGCACACCCAAGGCAGACGGCAUCCGGGACCGGGUGAUCCGCGUGGAAGAGAAGCCCGGAGAGACCCCCAAAAAGAGAGGCCCGAAGCCCAGGAAGGAGCUCUACAAGGACCUUGCGGAGACUCUGGAUGCCUCCAAGAGGAAACUGGGGGACCCGGGGGACAAGGUGGGGGACUACCUGAAGGCCAGGAAGAUGGAGGAGGCGGCGGCGGGGGCGGCCAAGUUCGGCUCGGGACACAGCGUGAUCCAGCUGGCCCGGCGGCAGGAGCCCGACCUGCCCGGCGCCCUGCCCGGCCCCAACCGCGCCGAGGCGGGGGCCGAGAGCUUCCCCCCGCGCCUGGCCAAGCACCGCGCGGACUUCCUGGACCCCAAGGGGCAGGGGGGGCUGGACCCCGGCGGGCCCAAGCUCCUGCACGGCGCCGUGGGCCCGGGGGCCGUGGGCGGCCUGUACCGCGACGGCGUGGGGGGCCCGGCGGGGCGGCCCUCCCUCAUCGCCAGGAUCCCCGUCUCCAGGAUCCUGGGGGACCCCGAGGAGGAGUCCUGGAGCCCCUCUCUCAACAACCUGGAGAAGGUGGUGGUAACUGACGUGACCUCUAACUUUUUGACCGUCACCAUCAAGGAGAGCAGCACGGACCAAGGAUUCUUUAAGGAGAAGCGAUGAGUUUGGUGGAGGUCGUGCUGGGGUUUUCUUCAGUCAGAUCCAGACAAAAGCUUGGUAGAGCUUGGUGGGCCUCUCUUUUUUUUUUUUUUCUUUUCUUUUUUUUAUUAAUGCUCCUUUUUUUUUUUUUUUUUUUUCUCCUUUUGUUUUUGGUCCUGGAGAGAAUUUAGAAACUGUCCUAAAUUCAUUAACUCAUUCUUUUGUUUUGGGUUUGUUUUGUGUUUUUUUGUUGUUGUUUUUUUUUUUCCCACGUCUUACAUUUCGUUGGAAAGAUUAUCUCUAGAGUUAUAUUUUCUAUUAGAUGUAAAUAUGUUAUUUAAGAAAAAAAUGCUUAUAUAUAUAUAUCUAUAUAUAUAUAUUUCAACUCUGAGUUGUUUUAUUUAAAUGGAGUCAACAGUGACUGCUCAGUUGCUCCUAGAAAGGACAAUAAAACUGAGAACUAACGAGUUCACGCAUCUGCCGCAGGAGCUGGUGUACAUAACGGUGUUCAUAGCUAAGUAUGUGCUGGGUUUUUUUAACUAUUAUUUUUCAUAUGAUGCUAUGGAUGGUGGAGGGGGACGUGUUGCCCCCUCGGAGGGCGAAGUGCCCGGAUUUCUUGAUUGUGAUUUAAGGUGUUGCUUGUACAAUCAAGUGUGCUGUGUCCAGAACUGUUGCCCUUGACAGCUGACGUGAGCACUUGAAUUCACAGUGUUGUUGGGGAUGGGGUGUUUCCAGUCUAACAAAAAAAAAGUCAUGUUGCUACAGAGUCGGGGCGGGGAAAAGCAGAAAUCCAUAAAAAGGCUAAAAGUGUUGGAGUAUUAACUUGAAUUCCCUUUUCUUGCGGAGGAGAGGAGUUUGUGUGUGUGCAAGGUUCCUGAGGGGUGAUACUGAAAUGCACUUUAAUAGAGUUGUCGUAGCAGUUGUGGGAGAUGGGACUGAGCUGAGUGUAUCUGUUUUCAUUUUGUCUGGUCGCUUGAUUCUGUUCCCCCACCCACUAAAAACAAAAAACAACAAAACCCCCUCUGUUUACAUUCCUGAAAUGCCAGAGAGGUUGGGGAGGGAGCAUCUCACUGCCCAUAUUUAGUUACUUUAUUCUGCUACAGAAAGUGGAUUAUUAUUACUUUUAUUCCCAAUCACGGUUUACUUCAGACUGUUGGAAGACUCCUGAUAAAGCGUUGUGUAAUAUCCACAACCCUGACAAAUCCCAGGGUCACCUUUAUUGCAUUCAGAGACAAUAAAUAGUUCCCUUUCCUUGCGCUGGUUAAACAAUAGCCAAAAGGCGAAAUACUCCCGUGCGGAGCAGCCCCGCCGCCCCCGGGAGGAUUUUGUGCUGGAUUUGCCUGUGGGAUUCCCCCUAGGGCUGGGGUCCGGAGCUGAGAUUCCUCCCUGGCUGGGGGCUCUGGACGAGGUGCAGCAGUUUCCCCGCUGGCUCGGGGUGUCCCCGCUCCGCUGCUCCCCAGCCCGGCAGAGGUGGAGCAGGUGGCCCUGUCCUCACGCCCUGCUCUGGGCAUCGGUCAGAUGGGAAGCACAAGCCCGGCAGUGCCUGAGGGCUGGGACUCAGCCUGGGCCCCUUGUCCCUGAGCUCCUGAAGGGGCUGGGCGCGGGGCAUCUCUGCUGCAGGCCCCUUUGGCAGCUGCACCGUGCCCAGUUCCCUUCCCCGUCCUCCUUUGGGACGCGUGAGGUGCCUGGCAGGAUGCUGGAUGGGCUGUGCAAAGGGAGCCACCGUGUCUGACAGUUCACAGUUCACUUUUCUUUUCUCCUUUUUUUUUUUUUUAUUUUUUUUAAGACAUAUUUUGUAAAAUUGAGGUUUUUACCUUAGUUUGUCCGAGGAGCCGGUGUGUUGGUCCUGGUGCUGACACGGGCCGCGGGUGUUGUCGGAGGAUGAGGAGGGGGUUGAGCUGUUUGUGUUCCUGCUGCCGCCGAGGCCAGAGCAUCCUUCCCUUUGCCAAGAGCCCGGAGCCGCUCAGGCCCGGCCGUGUCCGUGUGUCCGACACAUGCCCGGAGCGAAGCGUACCUGUGGGUGUAUCUGUGUGUCUGUACAUAGCGACGUGUACCCUGCGUGUGUGUGUGUGUGCGGGCGCGUGCGUGUGAAUUAUUUAAAUCCAAGACUUGUACAGAAGCGAUUUUGGCUAAAUCUCAGUCUCAGAAGUGAAGCUUAACUACGUGUCUUCUG